UUUUUCAAAUUUUCAAGGGGGAGGAGAUUUUCCACAAGAAAAGGUUGUUUUCAUGUUUGGGAUUCAGGAAAGCAUCCAACGGAGUGGAAGCAGCAUGAAGGAAGAGCCGCUGGGCAGCGGCAUGAACGCGGUGCGGACGUGGAUGCAGGGCGCCGGGGUGCUGGACGCCAACACGGCGGCGCAGAGCGGGGUGGGUCUGGCCCGGGCUCACUUUGAGAAGCAGCCGCCUUCCAAUCUGCGGAAAUCCAACUUCUUCCACUUCGUCCUGGCCCUCUACGACAGACAGGGCCAGCCCGUGGAGAUCGAGAGGACAGCCUUUGUGGGGUUCGUGGAGAAGGAAAAAGAAGCCAACAGCGAAAAGACCAAUAACGGGAUUCACUACCGGCUCCAGCUCCUCUACAGCAAUGGAAUAAGGACGGAGCAGGAUUUCUACGUUCGCCUCAUUGACUCCAUGACAAAACAAGCCAUAGUGUAUGAAGGCCAAGACAAGAACCCAGAAAUGUGCCGAGUCUUGCUCACACACGAAAUCAUGUGCAGCCGCUGUUGUGACAAGAAAAGCUGUGGCAACCGAAAUGAGACUCCCUCAGAUCCAGUGAUAAUUGACAGGUUCUUCUUGAAAUUUUUCCUCAAGUGUAACCAAAAUUGCCUAAAGAAUGCGGGAAACCCACGUGACAUGCGGAGAUUCCAGGUCGUGGUGUCUACGACAGUCAACGUGGAUGGCCAUGUCCUGGCAGUCUCUGAUAAUAUGUUUGUCCAUAAUAACUCCAAGCAUGGGCGGAGGGCUCGGAGGCUUGACCCCUCGGAAGGUACGCCCUCUUAUCUGGAACAUGCAGCUGCUCCCUGUAUCAAAGCCAUCAGCCCGAGUGAAGGAUGGACGACGGGAGGUGCGACUGUGAUCAUCAUAGGGGACAAUUUCUUUGAUGGGUUACAGGUCAUAUUCGGUACCAUGCUGGUCUGGAGUGAGUUGAUUACUCCUCAUGCCAUCCGGGUGCAGACUCCUCCUCGGCACAUCCCUGGUGUUGUAGAGGUCACAUUGUCCUACAAAUCCAAACAGUUCUGCAAAGGGACACCGGGAAGAUUCAUUUACACAGCGCUCAAUGAACCCACCAUCGAUUAUGGUUUCCAGAGGUUACAGAAGGUUAUUCCCCGGCACCCUGGCGACCCUGAGCGCUUGCCAAAGGAAGUGAUACUCAAAAGGGCUGCAGAUCUGGUGGAAGCGCUGUAUGGGAUGCCACACAACAACCAGGAGAUUAUUCUGAAGAGAGCAGCUGACAUCGCAGAGGCCCUGUACAGUGUCCCCCGCAACCACAGCCAGCUCCCGGCCCUCACUAACACCUCGGUCCACGCGGGAAUGAUGGGCGUGAAUUCCUUCAGUGGACAACUGGCUGUGAAUGUCUCUGAGGCGUCGCAGGCUACCAAUCAGGGUUUCACCCGCAACUCAAGCAGCGUAUCACCACAUGGGUACGUGCCGAGCACCACCCCUCAGCAGACCAACUAUAACUCGGUCACCACGAGCAUGAAUGGAUACGGCACUGCCGCCAUGUCCAAUUUGGGCGGCUCCCCGACCUUCCUCAAUGGCUCAGCUGCCAACUCGCCCUAUGCCAUCGUGCCAUCCAGCCCCACCAUGGCCUCCUCCACAAGCCUCCCCUCCAACUGCAGCAGCUCCUCCGGCAUCUUCUCCUUCUCACCAGCCAACAUGGUCUCAGCCGUGAAACAGAAGAGUGCUUUUGCGCCUGUGGUCAGACCCCAGACCUCCCCACCUCCCACCUGCACCAGCACCAACGGGAACAGCCUGCAAGCGAUAUCUGGCAUGAUUGUUCCUCCCAUGUGAAAGAAUUGCCUUGAAGAAUUUUAUUAAUGAAGAGGUUGGAUUCUGCUACAGAAAGUAAUCUGAUACAAGUCCCAGAGUGGAACUUUUAACUCAGGCCUUUUUAAGAGGAAUCACAAUAACUGCAGAUUUUUAAACAAACAAUAUCACCGACCUUGCAAAUACUGAAAUUGGAAGGGAUCUGCUAAUGCAGGGUGUUGGUUACAGUUGUACCUCCCAAGUCCUUGGGGGGAUAUAUUUAUUCUGUGUUGAUAAAAGCAAAUCCUCUUUUUCUUUCUCUCUCUCUUUUUUUUUUAAAGCUUAACUCGGCAAUCAUUUGUCUUUUAUAAACCAUAAAGCUGUAUACAAGGGACACUAUAAAUAAGACUCCAUGUUUUAAUUUAUGAUGUUUUUAAAGCUGUGUAAAAGGAGAAUGAAAUGGUGAUAUUUACAAAAAAGUUUAAAAAGAAAAAAAGAAAAAAAAAAAAGCUUGUAUGGGACAGAAUAGGAAUGCCAGUUAGAUUUUUUAGAAAACUAAGGGUCGGCUUUUGCGCCUUAAAGCAUAUCAAGCGGUAGUUACUCGGACAGUGCAUUUCCAAUAUCUAACUUAACAUGCCACCCCUUAGCAGUGCAAGCUUAUUUCUCUCUUUUGUAUUGUUGUCUUAAGUAACUGUGUAAAUAAAUGCAGCCUGGAAAGUUAAAAAGUGAUGUAAGUGAUCACAUUUUCCCCUUCUACUCAAAAAUCCAGUGCCUCUAGACAGAUCUUAAAACUGCAUAUUUAGACCUGACAGCACUCUCUCUCUUUUGCUUAUGUCAACUUCUUCGGAAGCCGAUGGCCUCUCGAGAGCUUGGUGGCACACGUGCUGUGUGAGAAUCUCCUUUGAGACUUCAUGGAACAGGGUCAGGCACAGAAUUCCACAUAAUGCCCUCCAGUUAUCAAACCAAAAUCCCACUUACACUCUGCAUUUACAUGGUUAAAGUUUACUCAUCCUAAAUGCUGAAUUCAUACCAAUCCUUCAAAAGCUGACAAAAGCAACAUGGCAGGUAUUUCAGAUUUCCCAUUCGAGAUAGCGCCUCUAUCAGUCGACCCUUACCAUUUGUAACAUAGUAGAUUAAAACGACAGGUUAAGUGCUUUGGAAUUAAGAAUAAAAGGAAACUGGGAGAAAGGAGAGGAAGGUUGAGACCUCCAAAACAUGGUUUUCUGUUUGAUGGGAAUUUUUGCUCUCAUUAUCUGGGAAGUGUUCUUAAAAAUAGGAAUUAAUAGCAAAGAUGCAGCAAAGCUCUGAGGAUGCAUUUGCCUGAUAUUUUUUUCUUUGCUGUUGUGUUUUGUAUGUAGUUAUAAAUACUGUAGAUUUUUUGUGAUUUUUUGCCAAAGUUGUUGUUCUAUUUAUACAUUUUAAUGUCUUAAGACAGUUUUUCAAUAUCACAAAAAAAGAUUUUACUGCAUAUUUUGCAAAGAAAAAAAAAGCUCACUACCUUUAGCUUGCACAUACUUGCAAAGUUAAUUAAAAGGCUUUUUGUUUUAAAGGGGAUUUUGUAAGAUAUCCGUAUAAAUAAUGUAUUUAUCUUUGGAAUUUGUACAUUGCUUUCCCCUUCCUCCUUUUCCUCCAACUCCCAGUUUAUUUUAUUGUGUAUGUUUGCUAUGUGAAAAGUGCGUAUUUGUUUGGCCACCUAUAGUUAUAUUAGCUGUUUCAAUGUGAUUUUUAAACAUUUCAUUUAUAGUUAUUUUUAGUAUUGUUUUAAACCAUGCUUAAUUUUUUUUUAAUUUUCACCCAAAAGCCAUUGUCUAUUUUUGUAUUAUUUGUAAGUUAAGAAGUUUUUUCCAAUAU